CGACACUCUAUCGUCAGUUCGCUCUUGUACGCCAGUCGCUUUGGAACGCUUAGAACGGACGUGGACGCGACGUUGUCACACAUUUUUUUAUAUAUUCUAGCCACUCUUAAAUAUUCAAAGAAUUUUCUCUGUACAUUUUCCAUCAAAAAAGUGUAAAAAUGUCGUACCACAAGCCUGAAGCAAAUACUAUUCAGCUGCUGAAAGACAUCGCUCAUCGUCUACGUAUCGAUUCUAUUACAUCAACACAGGCAUCUAAAUCGGGCCAUCCAACAUCAUGUGCCUCCAUUGCCGAGAUUAUGUCGGUUUUGUUCUUCAACACCUUACGCUUGAAUUUGAAAUUCCCACGCGAUCCAUCAAGCGAUCGUUUUGUGCUGUCCAAGGGUCACUCUGCUCCCAUCCUCUAUGCCGCCUGGGCUGAGGCUGGUCUCUUCCCCGUUGAGGAUUUGCAGAACUUGCGUAAAAUCGACAGCGAUCUUGAGGGUCAUCCAACACCACGUUUGAAUUUCAUCGAUGUCGGUACCGGCUCUCUGGGUCAAGGUGUUGCCGUUGCUGCUGGCAUGGCAUACGUUGGCAAGAACUACGACAAGGCCGACUACAGAACCUACGUGGUUGUGGGUGAUGGAGAGUCUGCUGAAGGUUCUAUUUGGGAAUCACUGCACUUUGCUGGCCACUACAAGUUGGAUAACUUGUGCGUCAUUUUCGACGUCAACCGUUUGGGUCAAUCUGAGCCAACCUCGCUGCAACAUCAGAUGGAAAUUUAUCGCAAGCGCUUGGAUGCUUUCGGCUUUCACGCUUUGGUUGUCGACGGACACGAUGUUGAAGAGUUGUGCAAGGCUUUCCAUGAAGCUUCCAUAACCAAAAACAAGCCUACUGCCAUCAUUGCGAAAACGUACAAGGGUAAAUUCUUCCCCAACAUUGAAGAUUUGGAGAACUGGCAUGGCAAGCCGUUGGGCGAUAAAGCCAACGAAGUCAUCAAGCACUUGGAGGGCCUAAUUGUUAAUAGCAACGCCACUAUUCCACCCAAAAGCCCAAGUAAGUCAAAGCCAGCACCUGUAGUGGACAUCACCAACGUGAAAUUGUCUUCACCACCAAACUACAAGAUGGGCGAGCAAGUUGCCACCCGUUUGGCUUAUGGUACUGCCUUGGCUAAAAUCGCCCAAAACAAUGAUCGCGUCAUCGCUUUGGAUGGUGACACCAAGAAUUCGACUUUCUCCGAUAAGUUGAAGAAGAUAUUCCCCGAACGCUACAUUGAGUGCUUCAUCGCCGAACAGAAUCUCGUGGGUGUUGCCAUUGGUACCGCAUGCCGUGACCGUACCAUUGCCUUCGUUUCAACUUUUGCCACCUUCUUCACUCGCGCCUUCGAUCAAAUUCGUAUGGGUGCCAUUUCACAGACAAAUGUUAACUUUGUUGGUUCUCACUGCGGUGUGAGCAUCGGUGAGGAUGGCCCCUCUCAGAUGGGUCUUGAAGACAUUGCUAUGUUCCGCGCUAUUCCCGGUAGCACCGUGUUCUAUCCCUCUGAUGCUGUCAGCUGCGAGCGCGCCGUCGAAUUGGCAGCCAACACAAAAGGUGUGUGCUUCAUUCGCACAUCGCGUCCCAAUACUGCCGUCAUCUAUGGAAACGACGAAGUGCUCCAGAUCGGUAAGGGUAAAGUGGUGAAGCAAUCACCCAAGGAUCAAGUGCUGUUAAUCGGUGCCGGUAUUACCCUCUACGAAUGUCUUAAUGCUGCUGCUCAACUUGAAAAGAGCGGCGUACAUGCGCGUGUUAUCGAUCCAUUCACCAUUAAGCCACUGGAUGCUGAACUUAUCAUCGAGAAUGGACAGGCUGUUGGCGGCCGCGUUGUGGUCGUUGAGGAUCACUACCAGCAAGGUGGUCUAGGUGAGGCUGUACUGAGUGUGCUGGCCGAACAACGUGACUUUGUGGUGAAGCAUUUGUACGUGCCCGGAGUACCACGUUCUGGCCCACCAAAUGUGCUCAUCGACAUGUUCGGCAUUUCAGCACGCAAUGUCGUGAACGCUGUUGGGGCUGUGCUGAAGUUGUAAGCGAGAAUUUGAAAUUCAAUUAGAAAUUAUAAAAGCUACUGAAUGCUUUAUCCACAUACUUAUAUACAUACAUAUGUACAUACCUAUGUACUUUGAUUUGUAAUAAUUAUUUGUCGUUAAGGAAAACUUAAAAGCCAGCGUUAAAAACUAUGA